GUUGUGGUGAUGCUCACCCGUUCGUGUGCACCAAACUGCCGCCGGCAAGUGCGCUGGAAUGCCUGCCACAGCCUGCGCUGACCGGCUUAGUUUGCGACUGUGCCGCGCACGGCGACAUUGAUGGCAUCCGGAUCUUGCUCGAAGCCAAGGCAGAUCCAAACGAAGGGACGGCCUAUGACAUGCGCACGCCGCUCCAUUUGGCUGCUGCCGCAGGAGACCUCAAGCUCGCGAAGUUUCUGCUGGAGGAGUGCGGUGCAACGCUCCGGCGGGAUCGUUUCGGUUUGCUCCCAAUCCACGAUGCCGUGCAAAACGGCUACAACGAAGUGCGCCGGUAUUUGCAGAGUUGGAAGCUGACAGGGCUUCAGGCCACCCAGCGGCACCGGGAAGUCAAGUUUCCUGCCGAAGCGAAUGCUCGAUCCGUGGAGAACGUCUUCGCUCUGGGGGAUCAGUCCGAGCCGCUGCCAGAGAUCAUGAGCACCGUCUUCGAGCUUGUGGUGAAGGAGGGAAUCUUCAGCUUCACAACCGUCCAGGCUGAGGUGGAGCAUUUUUUCAACUGCCUCGGUUUUCAUCGAAUGUAUUACAACCACUUCACACCCAUGCAGAUUGCCAAGCACAUACAGUGUCUCAUCGCGGCCAAGCAUGUGGCGCAUGCGACGAGCCACAUCCGAGCCCUUGAGUUCGACUUCAGCACCGAUCACAGCGCGUUCUUCCUGACUGCCCUGAGCUCCGAUCCGGCUGCGCCUACCGAGUCGCAACGGCGGACAGAGAGGAAGGUCGCAGAGUACAUUGGCUCAGACUUCAAUAACAAGAGCAUCACGCUGACCUUCAUGGCCUCCCAGGGCCCCGCUUUCCGAGGGGAAGAGGAACGUCUGGGAAUCUACAACAUCGAGCGGGGGCACUUCGAGGUCUCGCGCGUGGCAGAGAACGAAACGAGCCUUCAGAUUCUGGCGA